GGGGUGGGGCGGCGCUGUCAGCGCGAGGCGGCGAGCGGAAUGCAGCGGCCGGAGGCCUGGCCACGUCCGCACCCGGGGGAGGGGGCCGCGGCCGCCCCGGCCGGGGGCCCGGCGCCGCCCGCCCGAGGCCGGGAGCCCGCGGGGCUGCGGUUGCAGGAACCUUCCCUCUACACCAUCAAGGCUGUCUUCAUCCUAGAUAAUGACGGACACCGCCUGCUGGCCAAGUAUUAUGAUGACACAUUCCCCUCCAUGAAGGAGCAGAUGGCCUUCGAGAAAAACGUCUUCAACAAGACCAGCCGGACUGACAGUGAGAUUGCAUUUUUUGGGGGCAUGACCAUCGUCUACAAGAGCAGCAUUGACCUCUUCCUGUAUGUGGUGGGCUCAUCCUACGAGAACGAGCUGAUGCUCAUGUCUGUUCUUACCUGCCUGUUUGAGUCCCUGAACCAUGUGUUAAGGCAGGGACCCGGCUUCUCCUGGCCAUGGGGAGGUUCCAGAGCUGUGUCUGCCUUCAGGAAGAACGUGGAGAAGCGCUGGUUGCUGGAGAACAUGGACGGAGCCUUUCUGGUGCUGGACGAGAUUGUGGAUGGCGGUGUGAUUCUGGAGAGUGACCCCCAGCAAGUGAUCCAGAAAGUGAAUUUUAGGGCGGAUGACAGCGGCUUAACUGAGCACAGUGUGGCCCAGGUUCUUCAGUCUGCCAAGGAACAAAUUAAAUGGUCGUUACUGAAAUGAAGGCUGUGCAUUCAAGGCUCCCUGCCUCCAGACCAUUCCCCCAAUCCUGGCAAAAGCACAAAGACCCCAGGGGACACCAGAGACCCCUCUAUAUCCCCAGGCCUUCCCAGAACUGACUCCCGAGGUCUCCGGCCAGGGACUCUGAGAUGCAGAGGUUUGGCUUCAACACUGAGUCACCCCUUCUCACUGUCCUGGCCUGCCCUUUGGGCCUUGAGAACCAGCUGAGCUGCCUUAACUCAGACCUUAGGCAUCCCUGGCCCCAGAGCCCAAAUAAACCUGCUUUUGUCUCCUGCCAA